AUGGCGUUCACGUUCGAACGAAUCAAUUACCAGGAGAUAAGAAGAAUGACUUUUGCAGCAACAAAUAUCAUUGUCGGCCUUCUUAUCUUGAUAUAUUUUGGUGGAAGUCUGGUCAUUUGUAAUGAAGAUAUUCCGUUCUGUAAUAAGCGCUUGGAAGAACUAAAAAAUGACGUGAAAGACUGGCGAAGAAAAUGCUUGAAUGGUACAGUCCAUGUGCCUAAUUCGUCUUGCUGUGCAGCAGAGAACGAACAAAAUCAGCACCGAAUGAAAAUGCAAACACAAUUGUGCUUUUAUAAAGGUAAAUAUGGUAUUCUAUUUUACAAAUGACAAAUAAAGUGGACUGGAGGUUUAAUUAAUUAAUCAAUCCGUGAAUGCAUUACUCAAGUACGGUGGAGGGCAUGUAUACUGCGUUUUGAAAGUUAACGUUCAGGCUAAAAUGUUUAUGUAAGAGGGUCAUAAAUUUAUAAGCAUGAGAGAAAAUUAUUUUAGCAGUUCACAUUGCUUUGCAUGCAUCGAGGUAACAUUGCACCAUUCCAGAAUUCAAAACAUAUUUAUUUUGAAAAAUCAUUUAUGAACAAAAUCUAAAUUAGAUUAAACCGCAUGAACGGUUUUCAUUUAUCACCACAAAACUACACACCUACAAUGUACAUCCAUACGCUAACGUUUUGGACUAUGUCAUUCUUUCGUACUUGAAAGUUGUCCACAAGUUUCAUGGCAGCGUAUUCUUAUUGAACAUUCUCUCAUUUCUAUGCUCCGUCCUUGCUAGGCUGGUGAACUAUUCAAUAGAAUAUGUUUCAGAUGUCUUUUUUUAUUAUUUAUCAAAACAUUUCAUAUUUAUGCGAGUUAUGAUUUGUGUCGCUUCUCUACUGAAUUUCCGCCAUGUGGUUUUUAUAUAUUAAGUAAAUGUAUUCUAAUCAGUAUAUAGUCUCUGCAAAACAUUUUAAAAUUUAUUGUUGGUCAUCGUUUAUAUUAAGAAUUGAAACUUUGCCUCAAAUCAUGAAUUUAAAAAAUGAAAUUCUUGGAAAUUUACAGAGCAUCCCCGAGAAGUACCCAGUUGCGUAGGCUUGCACUAAAUGUGUAAAUUUGAUACUGAACACAAGGAAAACAACAGGAAGGCGGUAAAACCACUUUCUGGCAUGCAAGGAUUGUGUUUAGGAUAGGGUUAGGGUAUUGGGUAAGGGUAAAUGUUAGUACACUUCUCUUGCAGGUAUUCUGCAUUAAACACUUACAACAACAAAACACCCUUGACUACAUUUUCCGGUAUUACUACGUAUACUCACCUCAAAAUAGCAGUUUCUAUUGGCUGAUAAAAAUGAAAAACUGUUGGCUUUCUAGUAUCAUCUACAAUGGAAUCACCAAUAUUCGGAUUUGUCCAAAUUAUGGAAAAUGGGCUAAAAUAUUUUAAUACUUUCAUAAAGGUUCUUUUAAAGCAAGUAAUAAGAGAUCUGGCCUUCUAAACAGGAUCAUAACUAGACGCGAUAAGGGGGGGGGGGGGUUGCAUAUUAUUAUAUUCGUGUUUAGCCCUAUUAUUUUCUUUUGAAGUGAUCGUUUUAACGGUUGUGAACAUGAAUAUAUGAAUAUGCACCCCCCACCCAAUUAUCAAUUAUCACGUCUUGUUACGUCCCUUCUUAUAAAACGUUAGUGCGAGGCAGAGAGUGGGCAAGGGGGACCGCCCAAACCUUUCUGUUUUCCAUAAUUUUUGCCAAUAAAAGUGAAUUCACGACUUUGUUUUAUUUCCAGCCUGGACUUUCCUCAUUUGCAUAAAACAUCAGUUUAAUGGUUAAAGGAAGCCUCAUCAUAUCCAUUUUGUCUACGAGAAACGUUAUAUGUUUGUUUUGGGUGGGAAUUUGCAGCUGUGACGUUUCACUGUAAAACAUCAUGGAUGAAAAUUCGAUAGUGUUUUCGAAAGCCUUAACAUAUAUUUGCAGAAUAUACUGAAAGAAAACAACUUGAUACAAACACCUGUCCAUACAUUCAUAACACCAUAUCUCUUCUAUACAUUUAUAUUAUUAAGCCUUCCUUGAAAACACUCAAAUUUAAAGAAAAACGCGCUAAAAUUGGCAAUAUAUCAUGCAGAGAAAGUUGAUUUGAGAAACGUUGGAAAUAUUUAAGUUCAUAUAAUAAUAAAAAAAGUCAGCAGAAGAUGACAUAUUCCUCGCGGAAGCAUCGCCAAUGGCUAUUGAUAACCGAAGAAAAUAGUAGAAAAUUACCUUAUGAAGUUAUGUGUACUAUAAGAACAAAAUAUCGAUAACUAUGUCUGACGUUUAUAAGAGGGGAGGGGGGGGGGGUCCAGAAAGAUGUCCAUAUGAAAUUUCUCAUGGACACAAUCGAUAUGCGAUGCGUCCCAGGCAUAGUUGGCAUCGGCGUACCGGGCGGGGGGCCGGAGGGGGCGGCAGCGCCCCCCCCCCCAGUUGGUUGGGCAAACAAAGCCACUCGGGCAAUAUUCGCUUCACAGUCGGGCAAUAUUGGCUUAUUAUAAAAAUGGGACAAAUUCUGUCAAUUUUGUGGGAAAUAUGCUAUCUGAUAGGAUUUUUCGUUAUCACUCCUCCCCCCCCGUCGACAACAAUUUUGGAAAGUUUCUUUGGAAAAUUUUUUUAACAACGGGGGCUCAAUCCGAAAAAGUCGGGCAAAAAAUUUAUUUCCGCCCCCCCCCUAAUUUUUUCCUUCCCGUACGCCCAUGAUAAAUGGCAAUUUUCUUUAAUUAAAAAUCCCUUCUGAAAUUAUUAAAAUACUUUCAAAAUAAAUUCCAUAAUUUCGACAAGUCUGAAUAUUGGUGUCACCACUUUAAAGAUACCUAUGAAUUAAAGCUGUAUGUUGGCUGUUAGAUCUACCUUAGAAAUCCGAAUAUUACACCCGAAGAAUAAUCAUAAUUCAAAUGUCAGUUUUAUGUCAUGAUUUUCCAAGACACAUGUAGUAGGUGAUCGUAAUUAUAAGAUAGUCUACGAUAUUCGGUAAUAUCGUAAAACACAAUGUGAUAUCCUAAAAUGCUGGCUGAUAUCCCAACAUGUUGCAUGCAUGGUAUCCUAGGAUACAUCAUGAUAUCGUAAGCUAUACUGGAUGAUAUCCUAGGACACUGGAUGACAUGUUACUGGUGCGUCGAUGUACCAAGCAAAUUUUAUGCGCCAUUUGAAAACUGAUACAAAUUUAGAAAUAUAUUCCCUUUUGAUGUUUUUUCAGGUCCGUAUCCCGAACCUUAUCUGUUUAUCAAUGACGAUUCUGGAAUCCACGCAAUUGAUUUGCUAACUGAUGAUAAAACUGUCGUUAUUCCUGGCCUUAAAAAGAAUUACGGGAUGGCAAUUGACAAAGCGGAAAUGAAAAUAUACUUCAGAAACGGCAACAGCAUAUCCAGAGCAAACUUUGAUGGCACCAGUGUUGAAGUCUUUUUGCAAAAUGUUGAAGUUCGGAAAAUAACAAUUGACUGGAUAGGGCGCAAAAUGAUCUGGGUGUCUCAGUUCCCAGAUGGGCGGGUCAACGUAAUGUAUUUAGACGGAAAAGGGAAACGAGUGGUGACAAAAGCAGGGUUUUAUAACUGGGAUAUAGCAGUGGAUCCGACAGUGGGGUAA